AUGACCAACUCGAACUUCAAGCCCAAUGAGGCUACUAUUUUCACAUCACAAAAGAGAAAGAUUAUUAUCUUUUCUGACUUCGAUGGCACAAUCUUCAUGCAAGAUACAGGCCACAUCCUCUUCGAUAAUCACGGUUGCGGCGAAGAAGCCCGUACAAAACUAGACGAACAGAUCAAAAAUGGCGAGCGAUCUUUUCGCGAAGUCUCCGAGGAGAUGUGGGGAUCCCUAAACAUCCCAUUUGACGAUGGUUUCAUCGUUAUGGAAAAGACCCUAGAAAUCGAUCCUGGAUUCAGCGAGUUCCAUCAAUAUUGUAUUGCGAAUGGAUUCCCAUUCAAUGUUAUCAGUGCAGGACUAAGACCCGUUCUUCGUCGUGUACUUGAUACAUUCCUUGGAGAAGCAGCUUCCUCCUCAAUCGAUAUCGUCGCCAAUGACGCAACUAUCAAAGACGACGGUUCCUGGAAACCUAUCUGGCGUCACGACACAGAACUAGGACACGACAAAGCCUUAUCUGUGAACGAAGCCCGCGUCGCCGCACAAGCAGAAUGUCUUCCAGAUGAAAUGCCCUCAAUCGUUUUUAUUGGUGACGGAGUCUCGGAUUUACCAGCUGCGCGCGAAGCAGAUGUACUAUUUGCGCGUCGUGGUCUUCGAUUGGAGGAAUAUUGUAUCGAACAUGGCAUUGCGUAUACGCCUUUUGAUACCUUUUCGGAUAUUAAGGCUGAGAUUCAGAAACUUAGUGCUGAGGACCAGGCUAAGACUGGCGGUGUUGGUAAACCUGUUAGGUAUAAUCCGCGUGCGAACCUUUGGAGACGCAUUUCUAGUAAGGAGGCUGUGCCGACGCUUAUGGCUGCUGCUACACCUUCCAGGGAGGAGAAGAUGUUUCUUUGGCCUGAGACUUUCUCGGAGGAGAGGCCUAGUACCAUCCAGGAGCGUGAAGAGACUGUCGCAGCUUAA